AUGGAGGCUUGCGCAGUCCGAGCUCCGGAAUGGAUUAAAAUGACAUUCUUUGAGUACUUAGCAAUAGUUCAAACAUUAGAGAUGUUUAUUUUCAAUGUCAUUCCAUGUACAGUUUUGUUAAUUUUUGAAAUUUUACUGGUCAUCGCAAUGAGGAAAUCAACAGCUGCAAGAAAGAAAAUGUCAACUAAUGCAAAGAUCAGAAAAGAAAAUCAAUUAACAUACUCAACCAUCGCCAUCACGUCUCUUUCUUUGUUGCAAGGAAUGUUAGUGAUAUUUUCGAUGUCAUUUGAUUUUCUGUACCUUAUGUUUGGUGUGGAAACUAUCAAUAAUAACGACAUUCGAUCUAUAACAACAGCUUCUAGUAUAUCGUACAGUGUAUUUACUCCUUCUAAUUUUAUUAUAACUUGUUGUUUAAGUUCGGAAUUUAGAAAUAAUGUGAAGGCAGUUUUUACAUCAUCUACAGCAAAAUUCAACAGACCAAAGGUUGUAUCUAAAGCUGUGUCCAUCUCUACCGCUAGCAUUUCUGGUAGUACUGUUUCAAUGUCAGAUAAAUCAAACAUCAGCUACUCCUUACCUAGAUGA